AUGGGGUGUGUCCUAGGCCAAUAUGACGAGAUUGGUAGGAAAGAACACGCAAUAUACUACUUAAGCACGAAAUUCACUGAUUGUAAGACUAGGUUUUCGAUGCAUGAAAAGACUUAUUGUGCACUAGCUUGGGCUACCAAACGCUUAAGGCAGUACAUGCUCACUCAUACAACAUUGUUAAUCUUCAAGAUGGACCCUGUCAAAUACAUCUUCGAGAAGCCUGCUCUAACCGGUAGAGUAGCCCGUUGGAAAAUGGCUUUAACCGAGUACGACAUCCAACAUGUCACUCAAAAGGCCAUAAAAAAGAGCGUAAUGUCUGACUAUCUUGCACAUCAGCCCUUGGAAGACUACCAGUCUAUGCGCUUUGAAUUCCCCAACGAGGACAUCAUGCUAAUCAGAGAUUGCAACAUCACUGGCCCCGAAGAUGGACCAGACCUUAGAUCCCGAUGGACCUUGGUAUUUGAUGGAGCUUCUAAUGCUCAUGGCAAUGGCAUUGGGGCGGUCAUCACCUCCCUAGCUGGUUUUCACCUCCCCUUCACUGCAAGGUUAUGUUUCGAAUGUGCAAACAAUAUGGAGGAGUACGAGGCUUGUAUCUUUGGUAUUGAAGCUGUGAUUGAUCUUAAGAUCAAAAUCCUUGAAGUCUACGGAGAUUCAACCUUGGUUAUUAGCCAAGUUAAAGGGGAUUGGGUCACUAGAGAUCAAAAGCUCAUCCCUUACAAGGAGCUUGUCUUGAAGUUGAUCCCAUACUUUGACGAAAUUACAUUUAAUCUCAUUCCUUGA